GCGCGUGUCCGGCUCUUCCGCUUCCGGUCGCGCUCUUCUUCCUCCUCUUCCGCUCCCCGCAUCAUUAUGGUGGGUGUCCGACUGCUGUCUCUCCGCGAAUCCGCUGCAAUCCUCCGGCGGUUCCGUUCCGCGCGUCACCGUGAACCCUCGCGCUGCGUGUAGAGGCCGAGUGGCGCGCGUGUGUGCGAGUAUGACGGACGGAUGAAGCGCGCGAUCCCCUGGCGACGGUGAUGUCACUUCCUGUCCCUGUAGGCACCUGAUGAAGGACAUCCAGCAAGGGCCUGUGCGCGGCAUCUCCAUCAAACUGCAGGAGGAGUGCAAGCGCAGGGACAGCUACGUGCCUGAGGUGUCGGCUCUGGAUCGGGAGAUCAUCGAGGUCGACACAGACUCCAAGGAGAUGCUCAAGCUUCUGGACUUUCGGAGCCUGUCGACUCUCCAGGUCACGCAGCCUCCUGUCGGCAUGAACUUCAAGACCCCUAGAGGAGUGUGAAUAUGUGUGUGUGUGAGUCUGAUGAUGAUGGACAGGUGUGUGUGUGUGUGAGUCUGAUGAUGAUGGACAGGUGUGUGUGUGUGAGUGUCUGAUGUGUGUGUGUCACCUGGUGUUCUCCUGUUUAAUGAGCCUCAAGCCGAAGCGCAUCAGUGGAUCUACUCUUUAUACUAAAGUUACUCGAUAAACACUGAGUGAAACAUCAGCUUAACUGAACUUAUUUAAAAUCUGUGUCUGAAACACUGAGUGUCAUUUUACAAUCUUUGAUGAGUGAUUGUAUUUAUGAUUUAUUGACGUCUAAAGUCUGAAAUCAACGGUCUUUGAAUUCUGUAUUUCUGGCAUUUGGUUUUAUUUUGUCUGCAAAUAUUGAUGUGAUUUAUAAUAAGAUUAAUCAGUACGUGUAAUUUGACAUCCCUAAUUGUUAAUAUACUUCCUUUAAUAUUAAAACCAUAAAUCCACUCCCUGGUGAAACUGUCAAUAUUUACAAAGAAUUUAACAUUUUAUGUUCAUUUAAAUGUCAAUUGUUCAACUCGAGGUUUAUGGCAUUAAGAUAUUGCUGCACGUUUCCGCUUCAGAAGAGGACGACUUCAGUACGUGUUCAUGUACAGUAUGGGUUAGGCCUCACCUUUAAGAGUUUUGAACGUUAAUAAAAAAAACUAAAAUUGUUUAAA